AUGUGGUGCCUCCUCAUGCUGCUCUGCUCCCAAGGAAUUGCCUUUUCAGCAGGAUUCUCAGCAGGAUUCUCAGCAGCCUCCAGUGCAGGUGUUGACACAAGUCGCUGCAAGCGCCGCAACCCGGAAUGCUUCAUGAAUGUUAGUGAAAUUAUCAGAUAUCAUGGAUUCCCCAGCGAGGAAUAUGAAGUUCCAACAGAGGAUGGAUACAUUCUUGGUGUUUUCAGAAUUCCUUCUGGAAGGAACAGCCCCAAUACAGGGAAGAAGCCUGCAGUCUUGCUACAUCAUGGUUUUUUAUCAGAUUCUAUUCACUGGAUUGCCAACCUGCCCAACAACAGCUUGGGCUUCAUCCUUGCAGAUGCUGGCUAUGAUGUCUGGUUGGGAAACAGCCGAGGAGACACCUGGUCUUUAAAACAUAAGACCCUUAAGCCCUGCCAGAAAGAGUUCUGGCAGUUCAGCUUCGAUGAGAUAGGUAAAUACGAUAUUCCAGCAGAGCUGAACUUCAUCCUGAAUAAAACUGGACUGAAGGAUGUUUACUAUAUUGGUCACUCUGAAGGGUCAGCUGCAGGCUUCAUAGCACUUUCUACUUAUCCUGAUAUGCCUCAGAAGAUUAAAGCAGUCUUUGCUUUGGCACCAGUGACCACCAUCACACAUUCUACCAGUCCUAUGAUAACAAUUGCACUGCUUCCCCAGCCACUGAUCAGGUUACUGCUUGGCUGCAAAGGAGUUCUUCAAUACAGUGAGCUGAUGAAAGGACCUGUAACACGGUUCUGUGCAUGUCAGGGGAAAGUUUGUGGCAGUAUCUUCUGCUACCUGGCCGGGGGCAGGAUACAAAAUAUGAACACGAGUCGAACAGAUUCAUACUCGGGACAUUACCCAGCUGGAACAUCGGUACAGAACGUUAUUCACUGGCAGCAGAUAAAACAUGCAGACCAAUUUCAAGCUUAUGACUACGGCUGUAAGGAAAACAUGAAGAAAUACAACCAGACUGCUCCUCCUGUGUACAAGAUAGAGGAGAUAAAGGUGCCAACUGCUGUUUGGAGUGGUGGACAGGACAAAUUUGCAGACCCAACCGACAUAGCAAGGCUUCUUCCUCGGAUCACUAAUCUCAUUUACCAUGAGCAUUUUCCUAUAUGGGGACAUCUUGAUUUCCUCUGGGGCCUUGAUGCAACUGAGAAAAUGUAUCUGAAAAUCAUUGAACUACUGAAGAAAUAUGCUUAGAGUGCCACAGAAGGCAGCAGAAACCCCAGAUAUUUCUAUUUAGCAGUUGAUUAGUGGUAUAGGUAUAGAGGUUUACAAACUACUGACAAUUGGUUUGCAAUAUUUUUACACUACUUCCUUUGGUGUUACACUAUUUUGGUGAUUGCAGAAGAAGCUGGGGUACAUGUGAAUGACCACUGAAAUUGCAAAUACAUUACAUACAAAACUUCAGGGAUCCCUUACUUUGGAAGAUUUCUGUUUUUAUAUAACUGAUUUUGCAAAAAUGACAUUUUCUGUUUCCUUGUUGAUCUGCACUACAUAUUUCACUUGAGACAAAGGUGAUUUCCCCUGAAAACCCAAAAUGGGAGAUAAUCUCUCUGUUUACUGAACUUUCCUGAAGUUGAGUCAUCUGUCAUCCUGAUAGUGUUUCACCUGUUUUCCUCUCUUCACAAUACCAACAGCAGCAAGGAAGACCAAAAAGGUUUUCACUUGAAAAACUACCUUGGCAUUUAAGCAGACAGGAAUUGGCUAUACUGGCCCAAAUGCAAGAAAUCCAACACCACAACAUAUAUGUCAGAGAAAAAGCACCUGACUGUUGGACAGAUGCAGAUAUUUUCUUAUCCUUACACUAACUAAUGGUUUGUUACCCCUCUUACUACAAAGAGCACAACUGUCUUCAUGCUCAUAACCUGGCAACAGCAGCAAAUUGUACAUAAAAGACAACCGCAUCCAUCUCAAUAAAUAUUCCUGCCACCAACAGUAAACAAGUUUAAGUUCUUCUAGGUCCUCAUCUCACCAUGUCAGCGCUUGCCUAUGGGACUAUCCCAGGGGGUACAAAUCACACCAAAGGGCUCAUCAUUGUAGGGCAAGCCAGCAGAGCUCAGGCUCUGUGGGUGUUUCUGGGUGGGGGCAUAAGCCCAGAUUCCUCAGUCAAGACUUGUGGAAGGUGAAACCCAUUUGAUAAUAAUCUGGGAGAUAGAGAGCAAUAUAAACAAAACAUGUUUGUCUCUCGUAAUACAGAAAACACAUGCAAAGGCCACCUUCAUGCAAACAUAUGCAAACAACACACCUCCUCUAGCAACCUGUGGUACCACUGGGAACUGAGUUCUCAACUUCUGGGGAUGUUUGCAGUCCAAGACACAGAGUGGCUUCUCUUGCCCACACCCCAUCAUUUAUACAUCCCAGUGUCCUGGCUGCCCAGGGAACU